AUGGGUGACAGGAAGGAAGCACAUCUAACUCCUAUGCAAUCAGCCCAUCCAUGUAGCCCUUCAAGGCUGUGCAGCGGUCCAGCGUCGCCCCAAGGUCGCCAUCCUCCCUGGCCCCACACGCAGAGGGCAGCGGUGAACGGUGGCUUCGCGCAGGCGCAGAUCCCUCCCCCCGCCCCCCAGCGGACAAGCCAGGCCCAGUUUUUCUCUUGGGCCGAUCUGCGCCCUCGGGCCUUACCGUCCUCCGCGCCGCCGCAGAGGAGGCCGCUCCGGGCAGGUCCUGCCACCUCUGUCCCCGGCCCCGGACGUCCGCGCCGUGCUCCCCGAGCUCGAGCGUCCCCGGAGCACAGCCGCGUCCACCCACUGCGGACCCGGACGCUCAGGCCUCAGCUGGGAUUAAAGCCGGGGAGCAAGGGCGUAGGCGACCCUGGGACCCGCAGGAAACCAAGGCGUCGUGGCGGCAGUGCGCACGCGCGAUGUGCACAAGUGCAAAAGCCACUGGAAGGCGGUGUCCCACCAUACGGCCUAGGGUGUAGGAGUACUGCAGAGACUCUCUCUCCCAGAAGUCCACGCGCCACCGAGUCUAGGGACCGUCGCGCAAGACCUCACCUCAUCUUAGCAGCUCGGAGGCGCUGUGCUGAUAGAGAUGGCCUCCCGGAGCUCAACUUCGAAGGUCUGGUGAUGACAAGGUUCCUGGACUGGGACAAGACCCUGAAGGUGUCUGACAAGUACCUCCUGUCUGUGGUAAUAGCUUAUUUCAGUUGCACUGGCCUCUUCUGCAGGCAGUGUAAGCCAAUCCAUUUCUUCCUGGCUCUAUACCUGGUCAGUGAUGUGGAGGAGGACUACCAGAUCCCUAAACAAGACAUUUUCUAUUUCCUCUAUGGGAAGAGCUAUGCCCAGCACCCCAUGUUCCACAAACUGUGGUUCCAAUUCAUUCGGUCCAUGGGCUGGAGGGCUUGGGUGUCCCCAGAGGAGUGUGAAGAGAUCCAGGCUUACAACCCAGAUCUCUGGGUGUGGGCACGAGAUCGCAGCAAACUCACCUUGAACUCUGGGACCACAGAGGCCUGA